UCUCUUUGACCAAGCAUGAAACUGCAUACAGAACCUAGCGACAAAUAGAACUAACGUACGAAAUCAUAUGUGAUAGCAAGGAACCAGUACAAGAGGAAGCAUGUGAGUAAAAAGGGGAACUAACUGCGAGAAAAGGGGGGAGCGGAGAGACAGAGCAAUCUCCAGAAUAGUGGCAGGAGAGAGAGGCACUUGAGCAUUCGCUGACAUCCCAGGCUCAAGAAGUGAAUAUUCUGGUAGAGAGAGAGAGAGACAGCAAACCUCAGACUCAGCGAGUGGCUCAUAGAAGGCCCUGUUGUACAGCGGCGGCUGCAGAGUCCAUGUCAAGGAAGGACUACAUUGUACAAGCCAACAUGAGCCUCCAGCUGGCAAACAUCUUUCUGCCUUUGCUCUUCCACCUUUGUCUGCGUGUGGGAGCUGCAGAAAAUACUGCUGUUGUCUUUGAUGUGAAUCAGACGCCCCCUUGUAUCCGUGCAAUGGAAGGGUCAGAGUUCACCAUCGAGUGUACAUUCAACACAGACAAUAAUUCAGUCAAGUGGUUUGCUGCAUGGAGUAAAACCAGAAACAAUGUAACAGAAGAGGUGUGCCAUAGAGCAGAUCGAAUCAUAUUAUCAGCAGAUAAAGAAGAGCGAUCUCUUUCCCUCACUGUGAAGAAAGCCGACGUCACAGAUUCUGGAACCUACGUGUGUGGGGUUGGGAACAAAAAUGUGAUAUCUCCUGGGAAUGGAACCGAAGUGACCAUCGAUGAAAUUACCGACCUGUUGGUGAAUCAAACCCCAACCAAUUUCAGUGAUUUAGAAGGCUCAGAACUUACCAUGAAUUGUACAUUCAAGACAGUCAAUAACCACAGCACCAUGCGUGUGCGAUGGUAUAACUAUGGGACCGAGGGACUAAAGAAAGAGCUGGUGAAUGAGAACGAUGUGAUCACAACCCUGCAUUUGGACAAUGGGUUUGCCUCUCUCACUUUGAAGAAUGCAAAUUCAUCUAAUACAGGAACCUACAUCUGUGAGGUGGGGAUCACAGCAAGGAACCUCUAUAAUAAUGGAUCAGGAACCCAAGUGACUAUUGAGAAUUUUCCCGAGCUGACGGUGAAUCAGACCCCAGGCAAUAUCGAUGUGUGUGAAGGGUCAGAUCUCACCGUGGAGUGUAGAUUCAUGGUUCUGAAAAAACACAACACCUUGUAUGUGAAAUGGUAUAAACAUAACGGAACUGGGGGAACGAAGAAGGAGCUGAUGAGCGAAAGCGGCUGGGACUCAGCAGUCCUGGCUUUGGAAAAGGGUUUUGUUUCUUUCGCUCUGAAGAACGUGAACGUAACCGAUACAGGAACCUACCUGUGCGAGGUGGGGAGCACAGCAAGGAACUGGUCUGCGUCAGGAGCCGGAACCCAAGUGACCAUCACUCAAAUUACCGACCUGAUGGUGAAUCAAACCCCAACCAAUUUCAGUGAUUUAGAAGGCUCAGAACUUACCAUGAAUUGUACAUUCAAGACAGUCAAUAACCACAGCACCAUGCGUGUGCGAUGGUAUAACUAUGGGACCGAGGGACUAAAGAAAGAGCUGGUGAAUGAGAGCGAUGUGAUCACAACCCUGCAUUUGGACAAUGGGUUUGCCUCUCUCACUUUGAAGAAUGCAAAUUCAUCUAAUACAGGAACCUACAUCUGUGAGGUGGGGAUCACAGCAAGGAACCUCUAUAAUAAUGGAUCAGGAACCCAAGUGACUAUCGAGAAUUUUCCCAAGCUGACGGUGAAUCAGACCCCAGGCAAUAUCGAUGCAUCUGAAGGGUCCGAUCUCACCAUGGAGUGUAGAUUCACCGUAUUGAAAAAACACAACACCUUGUAUGUGAAAUGGUAUAAACAUAACGGAACUGGGGGAACGAAGAAGGAGCUGAUGAGCGAAAGAGGCUGGGGCUCAGCAGCCCAGGCUUUGGAAGAGGGUUUUGUUUCUUUCGCUCUGAAGAACGUGAACGUAACCGAUACAGGAACCUACGUGUGUGAGGUGGGGAGCACAGCAAGGAACUGGUCUGCGUCAGGAGCCGGAACCCAAGUGACCAUCACUCCUGUUGACCUGCUGGUGAAUCAGAGCCCUGUCUUUGUCAAUGAGGAGGAAGGGAAACAGCUGAACAUAGCAUGUAGAUGCAGGGCUCUGGAGAAACCCGGCACCAAGUACUCUGUUAAAUGGUAUAAAACAGGGGCUGGUGGACACGAGAAGGAGCUGAAAAACUAAGCUGGCUCAGUCACAAUAACUCUAGAUUUCUCAGUGGGCCUGGCUUCUCUCACCUUGACUAAAGCCAGCAUGAGCGAUUCUGGGUUCUACAGAUGUGACUUCGGCAAAAAUGGCUGUGGGAAUGGAGCCAGAGUUUACCAGGGUAAACAGCAGCAUUAUCUUCUCUGAUCUGCAUUGUCAGGAUAGUACACUGUGGUCACCACUGACUCACACUUCCCACAUGGUAACUGAAACCCCACAGCUACUUCCUAGUCUAGGACAGGGAGAUGCAGUGGUAUCUCAGAGAUAGGCUGUGUGUAAAUUAUGGAGUGUUCUUGUAGCUGUGUGGGUCCCUGGAUAUUAGAGAGACAAUGUGGGUCAGUGUGAGGGAGUGCACCAGGCCCCAGAAAAGGAGCAGUGAAGGUGGGUCCUCCAGACCUGCCUAGAAAGGCUGCAGGGUAGCAGCCAAUCAGAGCUCAGCAGGCUCAGUUAAAAGGAACUGCUGGGCCUGAGCAGGUCAGUUCCUGGCAGGGGCCAGAGGAGUAAGGAAGGGUGCUCCUUGACGAAGCUCAAGGGAGAACCAGGAGGUGGGUUCUGGUGGCACUGGCAUUUGGUAUGGAAAAAGAGGAGUUAAGAACUUCAGCCCUGAGAUAAGGGUGAAGUGGAAGGGACUACAUGGGAAGCAGCCCAGGGAACAGCAGCAGCUUGACAGGAAGCAGCACGUGGCUGCUAUUUGUAGAGUCCCUGGCUUGGGACCCGGAGUAGUGUUGGGGGGGGCCUGGGUCAGGGUGGCCAAAGCCCUGAGAAGGGGACAAGUUUAUUUAGAAGCCCAAGCACAGAGCUGGAAUUUAAAGGGCUGAAGACCCCGCAGAGGGCCAUUUGCUGGACUUUGUUACCCCAGAAGGGGACUGAACUUGAAGGUGUGACCUAGCUGGGGCAAUAAGAACUGAUAAGGCAAAGAGUCUCCAGGGAGAAAGCCCUGGGGGCACCGCCCUAUACCAGAGCAGGCUCUCCUAGUUCCACCACCUAUCCUAUGCCAAUGAGCGCCGUUAGCUAUGUCGGCAGGAGAAGCUCUCCUGCGGACAUAGUGCGCUCCACACCACACUUUUGCCGGUAAAAUUUUUGUCAGUCACGGGUGUGAAAAAAAUGCCCCCUUGAUCGACAAAAGUUUCAUCAGCAAAUGUGGUAAUGUAGACAAAGGCUAAGUUUCCCAAAGCUGAAGAUGAGCUCUGAGUAAGUUCAAAAACCUUGUCUCUCUCAAGUUGUCUCAGUAAAAGAUAUUACCUCACCCACCUUAUGGGUAAGUACCGACAUUUUAAUAGUGACCAUGAGAAAAUAGUUUAUUCUAUUACUGCCUAUUCAGAAUUCUCAUGUUACUAGAAUAUUAAAUUGUCUGGCUUCUCACCUGCCGCUGUUGAACAGACCCAUAAUCUACCCAGUAAUUUUGUCAUUGUGGUGUUGGUGGGGGAAUUCCUGACUCCAGCUCUGUUGAAGCAUUUUUGAAUAUUUGCCACUGGCCUUCGUUAAAUAAGGCUGUAUAGAUGUAUUGGGCUUGGCAUGCUGCCCUAUUAUUCUUAUAAGUCUGUAUAUACCAGGGCUUCUGCUGCAUUGGGUUACUAUUGACUAACCAAUGUCUCAUCUGGAGGAAUUGCCAACCUGCAGCUCCUUAAAGGUCUUUAAAUGAUCAUUGGGGGGUGGGGGGACUUGGGAUGGGAAUAGAGGACUCUUCUCUAUCCCCUGCUUCCCCAUUAUUGAUUUGACUCCAAUUAGCGAGGCUGAAUUGCCCAAGAGUAUUGACUCGUCAUAUGUCAAUGGAUGACAUUUUAGUCUGGCUGCUAGAUUCUUUGCGUAACAUCAAUUGCCAGUGAUCGUUCCUGUGAAUAUCUGUAAUAUAUGGACCUUAAGCACCACAGUAGAGCAGGGGUUCCUGUUCUAUAUGGAUCCAUAAUGGGACAUUAUGAGCUAUGCCCAUGUACCACUGGGGCUGACUUAAGAGGAAGAAUGUAUUACAAUGCCUAAUACAAUCCUUCUUUGCUUGCAGGAAGGUAUUGUUUUUCCAUGGAUAUCAGAGCUCCAUGUUUAAACGUGAGGUCUAAUUUUUUUUUAAGUAAAAAGCAUGAACAAGAAGGGAUGGGGCCAGAGGGACAUUGGCAGAGCUUCCCCUUCGUUCUGAUCUCUUGAUGCUGUAGGAAGCAAGGGGUCAGGAUUUCUUUUGAUCAUGUGAGUCAGUAGCUUCCCUCUGCCCAAAAAUCAAAACAAAACUUAGAUCCACAACCAAAAACGGGAAGAAUUUCCAGGAUAGUGCAGUUUGUUUUGGAUGAUGGUGAGUAAAUGGGUUGAAAUAGCAAGACCAGAGCAUUUGAGAACAUUUCAAUGAAUGUUCUGUACUGGUAAGUCCUGCUUGCAAAGAGUGUCCUUCACAUCAGAUCUGUGAGCCAAAUCCUCAGCUGAUACCAAAGGAGUGAUGCUGAUUUACACCAGAAAAGGCUCUGGUUCUGGAACUUCACAACCGGGAUAGGAAGAAACCCUGAAUGAGGCUGUCACAGAGAGUUUCUUAAAAUUACCCCCACCCCAGGUACGAGGGCUGUAGCAAGAACUCCUCCCGAGCCUCUGAGUGUGAAAAACAGAACCUAUUUUCUACGAAAGACCUGUAAUUCUAGCCACACCGAAACACAAGGCACCCAAGAAUCUCAACAUGCUUCUUGAUUAAAGAGGAACCAAAAGCAAACAAAUGAGAACAAAUUACUGGCAGAGCCCUGCAGAAACACCCUCCACCCACAGUAGCAAUCUUGCUUCCUCCCAUUGGAGAUCUUGCCCAGUCAUCUUUAUCCAUGACAUUUAAAAUAUGUGUAUAUAUAAUU